AUGUCAAAAAAAAGAAAGAGAGACCCGGAAACAUUGGAGCACAGCGCUGGGACACCCGCCGAUUUGAAGUCUUCGAAAUCGGAAAAGGACAAAUCCAAACCCAAAAAGGAUCGCAACGAACGACUUGAAAGCUCUGAAAAGCCAGAGGCGAAGUUUGCAUCACUCGCCAAUGCCACGGAAAUCGAUUCUAUCACGGAGGGAAACGUCGUAGACCUUGCAAAUGAUACUAUGGAGGUCGACGAGCCAGUGGCCCUGAAAGAUGCAGCGACUGGCUCGGACGAAAAGCAAAGUUCAAAGAAGGACAAAAAUAAAAAGAGAAAGGACGAGGAUUUGUCAACUGGGCACUUGUCAAUUCUCUCUAAGUUCGACAAGUAUAGGGCUGAAGUUCUAGCCUCUGGUCCAAGGAUUGUGGCCAAAGAGAUUGUUUCAGAGGAGCCACUACAGGGACUUCAUCCACUGCCCCAACCGGCUCAAGCACCAGUCCAAAAAGUGGACCCGAAUUCCGUCCUUCCAUCCUACCUCUCUCAGCCUACGACAGUACCGACGAGCCAACGGCCGCCAUUUGAAUCUUUCGGGCUCCCUGAAUUGCUUCUGAGCCGUUUGGAGAAGCUAGGGUUCAAGGAUACAUUCCCUGUUCAGUCGGCGCUAUUACCCCUUCUACUACCGGAUAACCGCCUACCACCCUCGACUCCUAGAUCAGAUCUUCUCGUUUCAGCUGCCACAGGUUCAGGGAAAACUCUGUCAUACCUACUCCCCAUUCUCGCAAGCCUCAUCAACCGGAUAGUGCCGCAUACCUAUGCCUUGAUUAUUGUUCCCACGCACGAAUUAGCCACGCAGGUUCAACGGACAGCACACUCGCUUGCCGCCGGAACAUCUUUAAAAAUCAGCACUGCAAUUGGAACUCGUUCUUUUGAGGUUGAGAAGGAUCAUAUCAUAGCCAAUGACAUUGGAAGUACUGGUGCCGAUAUUCUCAUAGCAACUCCGGGUAGGCUAGUUGAGCACAUCCGAAACAAUCCACAGUUCACACUUCGGCACCUCCAAUGGCUAGUAGUCGAUGAAGCAGACAGAUUAUUAAGCCAAAGCUUUCAGGAUUGGGUAGAAGUUGUUGGGGAUGAAUUACAAAAACCUUUCUCCAGAGAGGACGAGCAAGGCGGCUUCGAUAUCACAUCAAUGGGCCUGAGAACCCCCAAACGUGCUGCCGACACCGUGAGGAAAGUUAUUUUAUCAGCUACUAUGACUAGGGAUGUUGGCAGGCUUGCAGGGUUGAAACUUAGGCGGCCACAAUUGAUAGCCGUAGAUGACAUUGGCGGCCAGGAGAUGGCGAUAGACGGAUCUGAUAACGAUGGCGAAGACCAAGAAACGGCUGACAAGGGACUAAGGGAGCUUAAUUCUUUACCUUCUACUUUAGAGGAACAUUAUUAUCCCGUCUCCAACCCGACCCAAAAGCCACUGAUAUUAGCGAAGCUCCUCUCAGACAGCCAGACAAAGUCCGGUAUCUUGGUUUUUACAAAAUCAAACGAGUCAGCAUCCCGCCUUGCAAGACUUCUCGAGCUACUAUUUGCCAAGAAGCUCGGCAAAAAACGAAAAGGGAGCAGCGGAAAGGACUGGAGAAUUGCAGUAUCUACUUCUGAUAAACGGAAAAAGGAAAUAUCUGCCAAUACGUCUAAGUUCAAGGCUUCAACGAUCGACAUAUUAAUAUCCACGGAUUUGAUGGGGAGAGGUGUUGACCUUCCCAAUGCACAGUUGGUUAUCAACUACGACUCGCCAAGGAACGAGAAGGAUUACAUACACCGCGUCGGGCGAACCGCCCGCGCAGGUAACAAAGGUAUCACAUGGAGCUUGGUGGAAGAUAGCGAAGCAAGGUGGUGGUGGACAGGCAUUGGGAAGGUCCGAAGAAGCAAUUCCGAUGGUAUCAACAAGGAAAGUGCGCCGGAACUCAACGAUGAGGCCUUGCAGAUAUACGAAGGGACCCUGGAGAAACUAGGAAGGGAGGUCAGAGGAUCUUGA